UCGACUUAGACGCGCUGACGAAGGCCCACGAUCUACCUACUUACCGAUUGUCGACUUCGCCCGAUUUCGCUUGUCUCAUUCCACUGCUUGCUUUCAGUUUGAAGUGUACCCUCUCUAAGAGCAAAGAUAGGACCAUCGACGGACAACUGUUGCGCUCUAUCUCAGACAACUUUGUGAAGAUCUGGCUGCUCUUCUAGGAGGCCAUUUCCUGCUUCACCGCAUCCAGUCCAAUUCGUCUCAACUGCUCUAAUUCACUCCGACAAUCGAUUCCCAACAAAUACCCUAGAACCAAAUCGAGUUUCGAUCCUGCUUGUAUGUCAGACGCUGGGCCAGGAUCAGAGACCGUGGAUCGUGCUUCGUCGCCAGAGUCUGAUUUGCCGGAAGUCUCCGAACUUCUCUCACAAGCAACACCACAAGAGCAACAGGCGCAGAACACAGGCGACAUGAACGCAUCCGAUGAUGGCGACUUGGAGGAGGAUGAUGUGCGAAGUGGGACGAACUCCGAGGAGGACGAAGAAGCACAGAGUCAAAUAAGCUCCCAAGAGAAGUCGACAUCGUCUUCGCGCUCGGGAAAAGACGCAUCCAAGAAUCGCGCUGCCACAGCUCAACCCGCCUCUUCAUCGCCGUCCAAGAAGAACACUACCACCCGAGUGAAAGCAGAGAUGCGGUCGCCUCCUCUCUCUGCUUCUCAACACACAGACUCUCGUGAGGUUGAGCCGAAGACGUCCUCUUCGUCCAAGAAGCGCGCGAAAACUGCCACAAAGAAGUCAAACGCCGACGUGGCCGGGAGUGCGGAGGCGCAAAGCAAGGCAAGCAAUGUAGUCGCACCUGCAGCAAAGAAGGGAUUCAAGAAACGAAAACGACCAAAUGAAGACGAAUUGCCAUCGACUGACACACAGCCCAAGUCACGGCGCCGAUCCGACGACAAGGCCCCUGCAACGCAGCUGAACGAUCACCUUCCACCUGAACCUUCGAGCCCCGAUAUCGUGGAGUUCAUACCUUCGACGCCAAGACCAAAACCAAAGACUAAGCACAGCCGAGCUCUCAGUAAGGCGACUCGAAGUCCGAACUUCUGGUAUCUGGAUGGUUCCGUCGUCGUCUUGGUCGAGAAGACGCUCUACAAACUGCACAGGCUCUUCGGCGAUGCACUUCAGACCCCAAGCAACAAGCGGAUCAGUGCGGAUGUCGAUGGCGACACCAGCGAGUUCGAAGAACCUGACAUCGUCGAGCUUGCAGGCCGGUGUUCGGGCGGAUUGAUGGAAGGUGAGAUCGUGGAUAGCUGCCCUGUGUAUCGGAUCGCCGGCGUAUCCGCGGAGGACUUCGAAUGUCUGUUGACCGCCUGGGAAAUGGGCAUUAAGUUCGCUCGCACAAAACCCCCUUUCCUCACCAUCGCUGCUCUGAUGAGGGCGGCACACGCUCUUGAAUCGCCGAAUUACCUUGACUUUGCGACUGACGAACUCAUGGAGAUAUGGCCAUCAGAGCUGGGCGAGCUGGAUGUCUCGCCAACGGAGGAGCAACAGAACUUCGCCAAGGAGACACUUUUGCUCUCCCGGCAAUGUGACGUCCCUGCAGUCCGGAAGCGCGCCUACUACGAGCUGCUACGCACACCUGGCUUCGGGCAGAUAUUCUUCGCCGAGGAGGACGACUUCGUUGGCGACGACGACCUCACUUCGGACACACCAAGCACUCUGCGGUAUGCCGACCUUCUCCGUUUGAUCGGCGCGCGCGAACGUUUAGAGAGCGCGUGGUUGAAGCUCGCGUGCGGGCCACCUACUCCGUCUUCCAUCCCCUGUGAGCUCGCGAAGAUACCUGCAGACAAUUUGAACGCAGAGCAGAAGCCCGCGCUCGAGAGUUGUCUCGCAGCGCGUGGCAAGAGCGUUGAGUGGUGGGCACAGCAUGUGGUGCAAGCCUCGCUCUUUGAAGAUGGUCUGCUGGAUCCGUUGACGGGUCUUCAGGAUCUGAUCGAUGUCGACUGGGCAGACGUCGGAUUCUGUGGUUCGUGUGUAGGAGCGAGGAGAGAUAUGUGGGCGGAGGAGAGGGAGAAGCUAUGGAACAAGCUCGAUCAGUG